AAUAUACGCGAAUGUAAAUCAGUGGAAAAACGCGAGAAAGGUCAGGUUUGUUUCAAAAGACGAGAACAUAAAAGCCAGCUUCAGUAUGACAUGGGAUGCAUUGACAAAGAGAGUUGUGGCAGAUAUGCAACGCGUCAAAAUGGCUCCGAAAUUGCAAAAAUGAGCGUUGAUAAGUCGAGUUUUUGUUACGAAUGUUGCUCGACGGAUAAAUGUAACGGAAAUCUAUGUACUUAUCCUCCUCCCUCCCUUUGUCAAGACGACAAGUCGGUGGAUUGUGCUAAAUUGAACUCGAUGUUUGAUAUUUGUGAGGUUACUAGUCAAGCAAAGAAAAUAUGUCCACAAUAUUGCAAUCUCUGUGAUCUCGGUAUGUUAACUUUACCUAUAUCAUUGAAGUAGCAGCU